AUGCAUCCCGACGUCAAGCGUGCUGCCAUCCAGAACUUCAAGGCAACUCGCAAUGAGUUCGUCGUGGAGCUGGAGAAAUUUUCUGGUGGAGAUCCAGGAGGCAGACUGGUCCCUCAAAUCCAAACCUACCUCCGCCAACUCUUCAAUACAAUCUCUAUGUGGACACUCAUUCGAAAGGACUCUGACCAGCAGGGAAAGUGUUUCGAAAAGAAAUGCGAGAACCUCAUGGUGUUGACUGAUGAGAUCUCUGCUUCUACCAAUUUCUUUGCAACCUACACCUUUGAUGGAAUCGCCGACAUCACCGAGCCAGUGCUCAUGAAAAUGUUUGACAUGUUGGCAAUGCAGGUUGGAAGUCUCACCCUUCAUGGAUGGAGCGACGAGGACGAUGAAUCUGUGCAGAAUGCCCGGAUGGCUGAGCAAGAGCAGCAUCGUUGGGAAAAGAAGGUUCUGGGAGAAGACGAUGAGCGAUGUGAGAUUCUUCGACACCUUUGGGGCCGCUUCUACUAUAAGGACCAGGACUGCGAUUGCAGACAGUGCAUGGAUUUCUAUCUACCCACGCGUGAACCUACCCCUUCCCCUUCCCUUCCACCUAUCAUCUUAGAGGACAGCGAGAGCGAAUGGUACUCUAGUCUGUCUGAGGAGGAGUAA